GACAAACUGGAACAGAGCCAGGCAAAUUAUUGUGCUUCUCUGUAUAUCUCACUGCGAAUGAGUGGUUGACAGCAGCGCGACUAAUUUUUGCGAAGAAGUAUUUCUCGUACCACCGAGAAGGCCAACCUCCCCGUCCAAACAAGCACUGGACUUACUUUCAGUGCAAGGAGGAGCCAUGCUUUCUGCCAUCAAGGAGGCACUGGGCACCACAGUUUUGGAGGCACAGCAGGGUGGUGGUGGCUGCAUCAGUGAGGGCGAAGUGUACCACACAGAUACAGGGAAGGUGUUUAUAAAGAGGAAUUCAAAAGAAAAGGCACGGGAGAUGUUUGAUGGAGAAUAUGCAAGCUUGAAGGCGAUCAAGGAUACAAACACUGUGCGCACUCCUACUCCACACCUGGUGUUGGAUAACCCAGCGGGGGGAGCCGUGUUGGUCAUGGAGUACCUGGAUAUGCACUCGCUGAGUAGCAAGGCAGGCCAGCUUGGAAUGCAUCUUGCCAGGUUACAUCUCCAUAACCUCAAAGCCAAGGAACAGGCCACAGGGGGCAGAGUGGGCAGUGCCUCCCCCAGCUAUGUGGAAGAGUUUGGCUUUCCAGUUAACACUAGUUGUGGCUACCUCUCCCAGGACAACACAUGGAACAAGGACUGGCUGGUAUUUUAUUCGAGAAAGCUGAACCACCAGGUGUCUUUGAUUCAGGAAGAGUACGGGGACCGUGAAGUUGGAGAAUUGUGGACCCAUCUGCAGGUGAAGAUGCCCAAAUAUUUCUCAGGCAUUGAAGUCCUUCCAUCCCUCUUGCAUGGUGACCUGUGGAGUGGUAAUGCGGCACAGACAACAGUCGAACCAGUAAUCUUCGACCCAGCGUCAUUCUACGGGCAUCACGAGUAUGACCUGGCGAUUGCUGCAGCGUUUGGAGGAUUCCCACGCCCGUUCUGGGAGGAGUAUCACACCUUGAUUCCAAAAGCAUCUGGAUGGAAUAAAAGACACAAGCUCUACAAACUCUUCCACUACCUUAACCACUGGAACCAUUUUGGGAGUGGAUACCGCAGUCAAAGCCUGGGCCAGAUGAGAGACUUGUGCCUGUAGGCUGUUAAGGAGGACCUGGCUAUGUCCUUACACUGAACUUACCACUUUGUGAGUUCAGUGCCAUAUAUAUCAGACACAUUUUUUUUCUGCCUCUUAUGUACCAUCACCAGAAAUGUUGUGUGUGUGUGUGAUGUAGGGGUUCCCAAUCUAGACAAAUUACCCGAAAUGUGGUUAAUUGGUAUAGAAGACUGAGGGCAACCCUUCCCUUUCCCCUUCUACCCUCCUCCCCAGAAUAAAUAUUCUUGUUAAGA